AUGACAUGGUUUGAUGAUAGGCUCAAACGUGCUAGGUGUAUUUCAAAGUAUCUAUAUGGGCAUCAAUGGGUACUAUCUUUGAUGAGAAAAUACACCAACAAUUUAGAAAUUCUUCGUCCUGUGGUCACUAGGUUUGCCACUUCUUUCCUUACACUACAAAGCUUACAAAAGCAAAAGGAAAAUCUUGUUGCUUUGUUUACCUAUCAAGAAUGGUCGGAAAGUACCUAUGCAAAAUCCAAUGAAGCAAAGUUGGGUAAGCAUCAUCUGUUACAUGAUCGUGAGUUUUGGGGUCGAGUUUCUUUUUGCAUUAAGGGUGUUCUUCCUCUUGUUUGCGUUUUGAGAGAGGUUGAUUUAGAGGAGAGACCCUCCAUGGGUUUUAUAUAUGAGUUGAUGGAUGCUGUAAAAGAUAAAAUUGUAAGCAAUCUUAACAAAGUGGAGAAAAAAUGUAUGCCUAUCUGGAGAAAGAUAGAUCGUAGAUGGGACGAUCAACUUCAUCAACCACUACAUGCAGCGGGUUAUUACUUAAACCCACAAUUUCGGUAUGAGGAUAAUUUCUCAGAUACUGAUGAAGUGCGAAAUGGGUUGUUUGCUUGCAUGGAUAGAAUGCUUGGGAAAGGGAAAGAACGUGAAGAUGCCGAUGUUCAAUUGGAUUUAUAUAAUGAUAAGCGUGGUCCAUUUGCAUAUUCUAUGGCUAUGCAAACUAGGAAAAAGCGAACACCAAUGUCUUGGUGGGAGUGCUUUGGGCAUAAAACACCCGAGUUAACAAAGUUUGCCAUCCGAGUUCUAAGCCCUACUUGUAGUGCGUCAGGAUGUGAGAGGAAUUGGAGCACAUUUUCCAUGAGAAGUAAGAAAAGGAGGGAGAAAUAUGAUCUUAUUGUUGUGGAAGAAAUUGCCUCUGAUGAUGAAUGGAUAACGGAGAUAGAAGAUCUCGUUCUUCUCGAAGAUCCUGCACGGCUUGAGGAUAAGUUAUUGUAUAAUGUUGAGGCCGUAAGGAAUGUGCCACCCCUAGUUUAUGAAGGUGGCUCAUACAUUCGAGAGCCUAGAGAGUCUUCUCCUCCUCCUUCUGCUCGUGAGCCUACUCAUCCUCGCGAGCCUAUUACAUACAAAAGAAAAUAG